UCCCUAUACGAAAUCAUCAAGCAGGAGAAAAAAACGAAGAAAUCUAACACAAAAAAAUUUCAAUAGGGAGACCAUUUUCAAUCUUUCUUCUGAAAAAUGACUUUAUAGCAAGAAAAGACAAUUUUAGUGGAUUUUAAGUGUUUUUUAGAUUGUGUUUGUGUGCAAAACCCCCCAGCUUUUUUCAAAUUACUUGCAAAAAUUUUAAUGGGCAAUGUUAAAUCUAGGAAUGAUACCCAUCAUCAAGGAAAUAGGAAAUUUACCAGGAAUUUGAGUCAACCUCAAUUAACAACAACUGCAGUACAACCACCACCUUCAGGAACUUUGGGUGAAACAGCACAACAACAACAGACGCAGCACGACCAUCAUCAGCAGUCUCUGAAACAGGCCUCUUUCUGGAGUCUGGGCAGUUUAAAUUGGAAUUUGUCCUUUUCAACAUCGGGACGUCGCCACUCAUUUAAGCAACGGCAAAAAUCUUCGCGCAAAAGCUUCAAUACCCUACAGUAUAGUCGCCGAUCAAAAACGCAAUGGCAUAAACCUCUAACAAAUGCCAUUUUCAGUUCACACUUUAAAGAGUCGAGUCGUAAUAGUGAAUUUCAUAUAGACCAUUUGGUAGCUAAGGGUGCCUUCGGUGUGGUUUUCAGAGUUAUUGAUAAGAACGCCGCAGAAAAGCAACAACAUAAGCACGGACAACAAGAAAAUAAUACUGAUAAACAAUCUUCAACUCCUGUUUAUGCACUAAAAGUUCUUAAGAAAUCUAAAAUCAUAUCGGAGAAUAGUAUUCAGCAAAUUAAAGACGAGGCAGAUAUACAAAAAUUGUGUGGCCAUCAUCCAUUUAUAGUUCAACAAAUUGAUUUGUGGCAAAAUCGUCAUAAUUUGCAUAUACUUUCCGAAUACGUACCAAAUGGUGAACUUUUCUCUAAAAUAGCAAACUUUUCCCUGGAUCUAAUACGUAUCUACUUGGCUGAAAUUGCUUUAGCUUUGGAUUUCCUUCACAACGCUGGCAUUAUUUAUCGUGAUGCCAAACCAGAAAAUAUUCUACUAAGCGCUGAUUAUCAUUUGAAAUUAACUGAUUUUGGAUUAAGCAAGUGGCUGAAACUUGGUUUAUCGACAAAAACUAUGUGCGGCACAUUUCAAUAUAUGGCUCCGGAAAUUUUAAGGGGUGAACCCUACACUCACUCCGUUGAUUGGUGGUCAUUGGGCAUAAUUGUUUGUCAAAUGUUUGUUAAGAGGAGUCCGGAUAUUAGGCAAUUUAUAACCAUUACCCUGCCGGAGCAUUUACAGCCCAAGGAUAGUGUGGAUAAUAUUUUACACAGCAGGCAGGAGGAUUUGCCCGAGGCCAUAAAUCGUGAUUUAAGGGAUAUCGAUGAGUUUUUACCAGAAGAGGUGGCAGCAUUGCCACACGAGGCUCGCGAUGUUCUGAAACGCUUACUGGAAUUUGAUGGCCAGAAGAGGUUACAUUCUGUCAGAGCUUUGCAGAAAAUUGCAAUGUAUAAGGAUUUUAAAAUUGAGGCGAAAUAUUUAUUGAAUCUCCGUCCAUUGGAUAUAAUCAAAAACGACAACAUCACUCUUUUUGAUGGCGACGAGAACAUACGAAGUGCCGAAAACAAUAUUGAGGCUGCUACACUAUUCCAAAACUUUUGAAAAACUAUGAAAAUAAUUCCUGAAAUAUCAAAAAAUAUUAAGAAAUCCUGAUGCCUUAUUUAGAAUCUCAUUAAGCCAUAAACAUUCCAAUUAAGCUCAAUUUUAAAAUGUACAAUCAAGAGUUUU